GGAGUGUGCAGUCUGCCAAAGGGGAGGCCAGUGAUGAAGAUGAAGAGACGGAGUAUUUUGAUGCCAUGGAGGAUGCACCAGCGUUUAUCACUGUAACCGCAGACCCCAAGCACCACAGGCGUUCGGGCAGUAACCUGAGCGGGGCCAGCGAGGGCCACCCCGAGGACUGGAACCUGGAGGACAGUGUCUUUGAAAGUUCAAAUCAGAGCAGCUACAAUGAGUCCACCUGCAAAGAUCUCCUGCCAAAGAAGAGGAGACGGACUCGCAUCCCUGACAAACCCAACUACAGCCUUAACCUCUGGAGCAUCAUGAAGAACUGCAUUGGCAAAGAGCUCUCCAAGAUCCCCAUGCCCGUCAACUUCAACGAGCCUCUGUCCAUGCUGCAGAGGCUGACGGAGGACCUGGAGUACCAUGAGCUGCUGGACAAGGCGGCCAAGUGUGAGAGCUCCACGGAGCAGAUGUGCUUUGUUGCCGCCUCCUACCCCGCCACCGUCCACCGCACGGCCAAGCCCUUCAACCCCCUGCUGGGGGAGACCUACGAGCUGGACAGGCUGGAGGAGCUCGGCUUCCGUUCCCUCUGCGAGCAGGUGAGCCACCACCCCCCGGCCGCCGCCCACCACGUCUACUCCAGGCGAGGCUGGACCUUGUGGCAGGAGAUCACCAUCGCCAGCAAGUUCAGGGGCAAAUACCUCUCCAUCAUGCCACUGGGUGCCAUUCACCUCGAGUUUCACUCCAGUGGGAACCACUACGUCUGGAGGAAAGUCACCUCCACCGUUCACAACAUCAUCGUGGGCAAGCUCUGGAUCGACCAGUCUGGUGAAAUAGAGAUUGUUAACCAUAAGUCAAAAGAUAAAUGCCAGCUGAAAUUUACCCCCUACAGCUACUUCUCCAGGGACGUGCCCAGGAAGGUGACUGGGGUGGUGAGCGACGCCGAUGGCAAAGCCCACUAUGUCAUGUCUGGCACGUGGGAUGAGAAGAUGGAGUGCUCCAAGAUCGUGCAGAGCAGCCACGGCAGCACCAGCACGGAGGGCAAGCAGAAAACCGUCUACCAGACACUGGCUCCCAAGGUCCUGUGGAAGAAGUACCCCCUCCC